AUGUUGCCCUCAUCGGUGCGGCGCGUGGUCGCCUCGGCGCCACAGUCUCCUCUCGUCGCCUCCCUCAGCACCUCCGCUCCGAGAGCGGCUACGGCGACCAUCACCCUUCAGCAGAGACCUGGCGGCCACCAGCGACGAUGGUCCUCUUCAAGCCCGUCCAGUCCGAACAACAACGGCUCCAAGGACAUGCCCGGUCAGGGCCAGUCCGUCCACGCCUCGACAUCGUCCAACUCGAGCAACAGCAAGUCGAACGGCGAGAAGCGGAAACGGAAGAGCAAGGAUAGCGCCGAGAGGGAGGCUGCGCAGAAGCUGCCCAGCGUGCCCAGCACACAACACCUGUCUCAAGAGGCCCUGGGGUUGUCGACCUUUUUCUCGCUCCAUCGACCGAUAUCCGUGACCCACAGCAUGCCCAAGUCCGUGACCGAAGAAGCCUUUGCCGCAAUCUUCAAGCCCCGAAACAAGGCGAACAAGGUCACCGACGUCAUCUCAACACUAUCGAGGACGACCGACGAUCUCGAGGGCGCCAUGGCCAAGAUGACCAUUGCCAGCCAGGAGGCGGAUGCAUCAGGCGAGCCGGUUCAGAAGAUCGACCUCAAGCACCCCGACGGCAGCGAGUCGAGCGUCUACGUUCAGCUCAACGCCAUGGCCGGGCAGUUCAUCCCCUUCCGCCCCCCUCCCGCGCCGGAAGCCAUGGGCGCCGCCGAUGCCCAUGCCGAGUCCGCCAUCGAGGAUGUCCUUGACGAGGCCCCCCAACACCGCGUCUACAAGGCCAUGUUCACGAUCGAGGAGACGACCGACGCCGACGGCCAGGUUCAGGUCCUCGCCCACAGCCCCAAGAUUAUGCAGGACGAGGUCCCCCGAUCGUUCCUCGAGCGCAUGGCCCUGCGCCAGAUGAGGUUCGACGAGGCGCAAGGCCACGACACCAUGCAGGCGAUCAGCGUCAAGCGCCAACGCAAGCUGAAGAUGAAGAAGAAGAAGUACAAGAAGCUGAUGAAGCGCACGCGCAACCUGCGCCGCAAGCUGGAUAGAAUAUAA